AUGGCCGAACCGCCCAGGCACCUUCGCCGCUGCAGGGCGCCGCUGCUCCUGUUCUGCGCUCUGGCUGCGCUCGGGACCACCCAGCCGCAGCCGCCGCUUCUCCUCCAGCCGGCGGAACCGGACGCUCUCGACGGGGGCGCCGCGGGGAUCGUGGUGGCUAACCGCGGGCUGCGCGUGCCUUUCGGCCGCUCCGUCUUCCUGGACCCCGCCCGCGACCUGGUGAUCCGCGUGCAGCCGGGCGACAAGUGCACCGUGACCGUCUUGGAAAGCGGGCCGCCGCCGGCGCCUCACCGGCCCGGGGCGCUCUCCCCGCAACGCUUCCCCUGCGAUUUCGGUCCCGGAGAGGUGACCUACACGCACUACGGGUCUCGCAGCCCCGGCCGCGACCGCCUCAGCCUCCAGCUCCGCUACGACUCUCCCAGCCGCACGUUGGUGGUGCCUUUCGCGCUGGAGGCCGAGGUGCUCUCGCAGCAGCUGCGCCUCCUCAGCCGCAACCUGCCGCUCGUCGUGGAGAAACUGCGGGGCCUCAGCCAGCCGCUGGACGCCAAAGUCCUGGCCUUCGCCGAGGCGGGAGAAGCCGGGCGUCGCCACUGCCGCCUCACCGCCCUCCCUCACCCGCCCAGCAGCGACAACCACCUGCCUUCCUACGGGCGCUUGAUCGACCCCCGCGGGCGCCCCCUGCCGCCGGGCUACAGCAGUGAGUGCCGCCGCUUCCUGAGCGAGGGCAUCCGCUACCAGCACACGGCUCCCACGCCGUCCCCCAACCGCGACCACGUCCCCAUGCGGGUGGAAGUGCUGGAGGACAGCGGCUCUCCCGAGAGCCUAGGCCAGCAGGAAUACUUUCAGGUGGUGGUUCGGAUCCGGGAGGGUGCCGAGAAUACCCCACCCAAGCCCAGCUUUGUGGCUUUGCUCAUGAUGGAGGUGGACCAGUUUGUACUUACUGCCAUCACCCCUGAUAUGCUGGCUGCGGAGGACUUGGAGACACCUUCAGAUCUGCUGCUAUUUAAUCUCACCUCCCCCUGGCCCAGUGUUGGAGAGCAGGACGCGGCAACUGGUUACUUAAUAAGUACUGAUGAUCCCAGUCGGCCACUCACUUCUUUCACUCAGCGGGAGUUGAGGGAACUGAAGAUUGCCUACCAGCCUCCUACAGUGGACUCAGACCAGGAGCGCCUCUUCCAGCUUGAGAUGGAGGUGUUGGACCCCGAGGGUGCCUCUUCAGACCCCUUUGCUUUUGUGGUGGUGGUGAAACCUAUGAACACGUUGGCUCCGGUGGCUGUCUUUAAUCGCAUUGCUGGCCCUCAAAUGAUGCUUUUUGAAGGCCAGUCAAGGCCACUUUCUGACAAUCUUGUAAUCAGUGAUGAGGACAACUUAGAGGAAGUGAAGAUUUGGGUCACAAGAGGUUUAAAACAUGGUGAACUCAGAGUUUUAGGUACAUCUCCUGGUCGUCAUUUUUUUACUGCAGCAGAGUUGGAAGCUGGACAGGUGAUCUACCAGCAUGAUGGCAGUGAGCACAGUUUCAGUGAUAACAUUAUCUUCCGCAUGGAGGAUGGACUGCACCAGGUGGAGUUUUUUUAUCCAAUUACAAUUGCCCCUGAUGAUGAUCAACCACCACUCCUCAAUGCCAACACUGGCCUGGUCCUAAGUGAGCACCAGGUGGUCCAGAUCUCACCCUUUGUUCUCAGUGCUACUGAUAUAGACUCUGAUGACUCAACUAUUCGGUUUGUUAUUAAGGAGGUUGAAAGAUCUUCAGAUAGAUCUGUCCCAAAGCAUUUUGGUGAACUUCUGUUGCGUCAGGAAGAGGUUCCAUCAUCCUAUGAAAAAGAAGAAGAUGUGGAAAAAGAUCAUAGUGAUACAUCUUCCUGGUACUUUAUAGACAGUGAGGGUCUGUAUGAGAAGGUAGUGACUGAAUGGCUGCAAGAGGAUAUCCUGGAUGGAAAGUUGUUCUACAGGCAUCUUGGACCUCAUAGCACGAAUGUAAUGAUGGAUCAGUUUGUAUUCUAUCUCCAAGAUGAUAAUGAUCCUCCAAAUCAAUCUGGAGAACAUGUGUUUAUCAUCAAGAUACAGCCAGUAGAUAGCCUAUCUCCAGAACUAUCCCCAGGGACAACUUUAGAGAUGACUGUCCUGGAAUACCAGGUGACACAUUUCAAGAAGCAUUAUCUGUGUUAUACUGAUUUGGACACAGAUGACCGGGAGCUGAAAUAUACAGUGCUUACAUCACCAACUGAUAUUGAUGAAAAUCACCCUGUCUUGGCAGGUGAAAUUGUAUUGACUGACAACCCUCUGAUGCCCAUUACCCAUUUCACUCAAGCACAGAUAAAUCAUCAUAAAGUUGCCUAUAGACCACCAGACCAAGAACUUGGCAUUACUCCAAGAAUAGCACAAUUCACUUACAGUGUAGAAGAUGCAGCUGGUAAUUCUGUGCUAGGCACUUUCACUUUCUUCUUGCAGCCAGUGAAUAAUCAGCCCCCACAAAUAACCAAUGCUGGUUUCACAGUGUUUGAGGGGCACAGCUUCUUUCUCACCACCACUCAGCUAGAUGCUACUGAUAAAGAUACAGACACUGACCGAAUUGUCUUCGCUUUAACUGAAACACCUCAACAUGGCCACUUGCGCUACCUGGAGGAGGGAUUGAUGGUACAGGGUGAAUCUUUUCUGUUAGAUGACAUUGCUAAUGGUCGCAUAUCCUAUCAGCAUAAUGGUGAUGAGUACAGAAGUGAUUCCUUUCAGUUAGAAGUAAGUGAUGAAGUUCAUCUAGUACCAAUCACAGUUAAAAUUGCUGUUCAACCAGUUGAUGAUGAACGUCCCAGCAUCAUGGUCCCUGGUAGUAAUGGACUUUUGGGGGCCUUUAUUGAUGUUCUGGAAAAUAGUGCUACUGAAAUAACUACUUCUCUUAUCCAGGGCACAGAUGAGGAUACUGAUGAACUGGCAUUAACUUUUAUUGUAGAGGAUCCCCCUAAGCUGGGUAGUAUUUUAGUGGAUGGAGUACCCUCUAAAAGAUUCACUCAAGAGGAUCUCAUAAGCGGAACAGUUGUUUAUGCUCACAAUAGUGGAGAGAUUGGAUUGAAGAAGCAGACUGAUUCUUUCAAUCUUACUAUCUCAGAUCGGUCCAGUGAGUGGGUGGUGAGAGGAAGCACAGUAGAAGGAGUACGUGUUACUGUAACUCUUUUGCCAGUGGACAACAUUGCUCCUGAAGUUAUGUUGGGAGAAGAACCAUUUACUGUUCAUGAAGGAGGAAAGAAUGUGCUAAGGUUAGAACUGCUGGUUGUGGAAGAUCUUGAUACUCCCAGAGAUGAUAUUCUCUGUACCAUUCUAACACAGUCCACUGCUGGAUACCUAGAGAAUAUCUCUCCAGCACCAGGAUCUGAAAAAUCCAGAGCUGGGAUUCCCAUCAGUGCAUUUUCCAUCAAAGAUAUUCGUGUUGGUCAUAUCAACUAUGUUCAGAGCAUCCAUAAGGGAAUAGAACCUUUAGAAGACAGAUUCACUUUCCAUUGCUCUGAUGGUAUUAACUUUUCACCACCUCAGUUCUUUCCAAUUAUCAUUACCCCAACCAAUGAUGAGAAGCCUGAAUUGUUUGUACGUGAGUUUGUGGUAUUGGAAGGAAUGAGCCUGGUAAUUGACACUCCCAUUCUCAAUGGUGCUGAUGCUGAUAUUCCCCCAGAUGAAUUGCGCUUCUUUAUAACUGUUCCUCCAAAGCAUGGGCAGAUUGUUAACCAGCUGGCUACAGGUACUGUGUCUGUUACCAAUUUCACUCUGGAAGAAAUUCAGGAAGCAUCUAGCAUUAUGUAUGAGCAUGAUGACUCAGAAACUAAAGAGGACUCUUUCAAAAUCCAGCUCACUGAUGGCUUACACACAGUGGAAGAAGAAGUGUUAAUAAUGGUGAUUUUGGUUGAUGAUGAAACACCCCGGAUGUCCAUCAAUGAUGGAUUAGAAGUAGAUGUUGGGGAAUCUAAAGUUAUCACCAGUCAAGAUCUCAAAGCCACUGACAUAGACUCAGAAGACAGGAUGCUUACUUACAUUAUUCGUUUACCCCCGAGACAUGGCUUAUUGCAGCAUAUAAGUAAAGAAAAAGAGGUGCUAUACAACAUUACACUUGGCAUGAAUUUCACACAGGAUGACAUAGAUCAUAAAUAUAUAUGUUAUACACAUACGAGCCAACAGGGACUCCGUGACUUAAUUAAGUUUGAUGUCACUGAUGGCAUCAAUCCUUUGAUAGACAGAUAUUUCUACAUUACUAUCAAUGGCAUUGAUAUGGUGUUUCCCGAGGUGGUCAAUAAAGGAGUCACUCUAAAAGAAGGUGGGAAAGUGACUCUCACUACUGAUCUUCUCAGCACAAGUGAUAUCAACAGUCCUGAUGAACUACUCAGGUUCAGCAUCACCCGGGCACCAAGCAGAGGUCAUUUAGAGAAUUCUGACAACCCUGGAGUUCUUGUCACCACCUUCACUCAGCUUCAACUAGCUGGAAACAAGAUUUAUUACAUUCACACUGCAGAUGAUGAGGUGAAGAUGGAUAGCUUUGAGUUUGAAGUGACUGAUGGCUAUAAUCCAGUCUUCCGUACUUUUAGAGUCUCUAUUACUGAUGUGGACAAUAAGAAGCCAAUUCUAACAAUACAUGACCUCAUAGUUCAAGAAGGGGAAACCAAACUGAUCACACCAUUUGAACUAAAUGUGGAUGAUAGGGAUACACCUGACCAUCUACUCCGUUUCAUAAUUACCCAAGUUCCUGUACAUGGUCAGAUUAUUUAUAACAACAGCUAUUCUGUCACCAGUUUCACUAAACAAGAUUUAAAUGAAAAUAUGAUCAACUAUAAACAUUAUGGUGCCGAAAUUAAUCAUGAUAGCUUCUCUUUCACUGUAACGGAUGGGACACAUCCAGAUUUUUAUGUUUUUCCUGAUGUCAUCCUUGAAACACGUCACCCACAGAUGAUGAAAAUUCAGAUCAAUGCUUUAGACAAUGGAAUACCACAGAUAGUAGUGAAUAAGGGUGCCUCUACAUUGAGAAAUAUAGCAACUGGACAACUGGGUUUCCUAAUAACCAGCAAGUCUCUGAAGGCAGAAGACAGAGAUAGUCCACACAAAUUAUUGAAAUAUAAGAUCACAGAUGGGCCAAAACAUGGAUUCCUCAUUAAUAUUGGUCUAGGAAAUACAAGUGUCAAAUUCUUUUCCCAAGCUGAUAUUGAUGACAUGAAGAUCUGUUAUGCCUUGAAAGAACAUGAAAAUGCUACGAGUGAUAUCUUCUAUUUUUCAGUUGAAGAUAGUG